GCUGGUAACAGAGAGAGCACCGAUAUCAGCCACGCAUGCGCAAACAUGAGUGCAUCGCUUUCAUAUGUGUGUUUAGCAGAUGGAGUAAUGAAAUAGACUCCACGAACUGGGCAAUACAGACAAAGUCUGGAUUAGUCGACCUUACCUACUUUAUAUCUCAUUCGAAAUGUGACAUUUAUUCUACAUUACGUAUGGAUUUGACAUGAUUCUUCAAAAUGUCUGAGUUUGUUUGGAUUAUACGUGGAGUGUUAACUUUGUUUCUGUGUAGAGUUGGAUUAACUAUCGACACUGACGAGCUGCACGCCCUCCAGGAGGAGUGUAGGGAUGGCACGUUCGGCUAUAAGUGUAACUCUAAGUGUCGAUGUAAGCGCUACCAGACGUGUGACAAGGUGACAGGGGAGUGUAUCCGGGACGAAUGUGAGGACAAUCAAUGGGGGCCAGGCUGUCAACUUUCCAACAACUGUUUUUAUAAUGGCCAGGCGAUGGCCUACCUGGGAACGAAAUCCAUCACGAGCGACCUCUACCAAUGUCAGCGCUGGGACACACAAACUCCUCACCGCCAUUCUUACAAAAGUGCCGAGCAGUUCCCCGACAAGAAAAUGCCAACGAAUUACUGCCGGACGACGGAGGACUCGGCCCGCCCUUGGUGUUACACCACAGACGUCAACAAUCGCUGGGAACACUGUAACAUUAACAACUGUAACUGUCCUGCCGGCCGGUUUGGCGACAACUGUAUAAAGGAAUGCCAUUGUGCAGACCUGAGCGAAGCAUGUGACAGUAUUCUUGGAAUAUGUUCUAGUGGAUGUGCUCAAGGCUGGGAUGGAUAUGACUGCCAGCAAGCAAUAGCGUGUCCGGAAAACCGGUUUGGAUGGGACUGUUCGAAACGUUGUUUCUGUCAGGACUCUCGGCACUGUAACAGGUUCACUGGACCCUCCAAACAAUGUCGCUGUAUAGCCGGCUACUUUAACCCGCCAUUUUGUCAAGCUAUGACACCACCCACAAUCCUAUUCUUUGACAACAUUGAAGUCAAUCCUGGUCAAAACACAACAUUCAACUGUACCGUGACGGCUUAUCCAACUCCUAAAGCCGGGGAAAUCGUGAUCCGCGGUCCAGCCAGGAGGCGCGUGACCCUGAUGGACUCCGGAGAACUAGAGGUGUACAUGUACACCAGGUAUAACUUGUACGCGGUAGAUUACGUUAACCCUGGCGACCGGUUCACAUGUAUUGUCAACUCCGUGGCGGGUACCACCUCCACCACAAUCACUGCCAGACUGUACGAACUUCCGCGUUUGAUUCGACCUCCCUUUAUAGUUGAUGGUGGAUUAGGUAUAAAGGAAGUUCACAUUCAGUGGCACAGGUGGGACCGGAAACGUGGUGACACUGGGGACCCGCCCAUCCUAUGGUACAGCGUCAUGAUCCAGAACCUGGAUAAAGGCACGGAACGCUUGGCAAAGAUUGUUUUAAACAUGAAUUGUCAAUAUAUGUUUCUAUGUAACUACACUAUUACCGAUCUCCUCCCCAACACCAAAUACGCCAUCAAGGUAUCGGCUAGACGUGACGGCGAAGGUGGGGACGGUCCCCCCGGGCCAGCACUGAACGUCACAACCUUGUGUGGAGCUCCUGAGCUUCCGCCGAUUUUGAGGACGGUUACGUCUGGGUUUGAAUUCAACAGUUCCUUCCCGCAAACCGAGCUCGUGGUUACUUGGAAGGAUCCACCCCGAUCUUCGUGGAACUGUGAUAACAUCAGUCAGUACCAGAUCACCAUCUCCAAUGCGCAGCACGCGGGUAACAACCAGGCCGUGCACGUGUCUGGGGCCACGCCCCCUGGGUUGAAUGGUGUGAAGAGCGCUUCCAUAUCGGACUUACAGCCGGCUACCGAGUACUGCGUGACAAUGAGUUUCCAGAGCAACCAUGAUCAGUACAGUCCCGAAUCAGAAAGGACAUGUACAUCCACGCCCAAAACAACACCGUCAGCCCCACGAAAUGUUAGAUUGAUCAGACGAACCAGUAACAGUGUGACUUUGUCCUGGGAGAAACCUUUCCGCCCUCCGACUGACGUCAUGAGGUACAAUCUGGGCAUCUGGAAAACGGACAGUCGAGAGUUUACUACAAAAACUGGAAAGGAAGUGACGUCAUCAGCGGCUGUGGUUGCUCAUACACUAGAAGACCUUGACUCCUUUACUAAUUACAGCAUCGAGAUCCGAGCGGUAAAUUCUGCUGGCGACGGAGAUCCAAGUCCUAUCUUUGUCGUUGCUACAGAGGAGGGCCUACCCGGGCCCAUUCAGAACUUCAGAAAUAUUUCAAAGACAGCCACGUCUAUAGGCCUUAUCUGGGAGGAUUCCUCGUCCACCAACGGUCAGCUUCUGUCGUACCUGUUGUCCUGUUUCCCUGUCGAAUCUAUGUCCGCUGCCCCUGACCAGCACCGUGAAGUCAAUGUCCGUCCCAGUGUACACCGCCAUACCUUUAGUAACUUGGUACCGGCCACCAAGUACCUCUGUAGUAUCCAUACAAGUACCAACAAGGGACCUGGUCCGUCCACGCGGAUAGCGGUCUGGACAAAACCGUUAGACCCUAAGGAACCUCCUACCCCGAACAUCAUUGACCACACAGACACGACGGUGACGGUGCAGUUGAGAGCGUCACCGGACAAAACCAUUAGCUUUUACCGUGUUAUUGUUGAAAAUAUAAGUUCGGGCCGUGUGAUCAAAAGGAGCAUUCCGGACCGCGUUCGCCAUGUUGGUUCCGACUUUUACGAAGCUCGUACCCAGGGAAUAGGGGCUUAUAUUGCGGCUGAACUGGUCGCUGACCAACUGAAUGCCCCCUUCGUCGUCGGCGACAAUAAAACGUAUCUGGGAUUUUACAACGCCCCUUUAUCCCCUACUCAGAACUACGACAUCUGGUAUGGAGCCUUCUCUAACGUUGACGGGACGUUACGGAAAUCAUUCUCCAAAGCUGAGCGUACUGUAGGUGUUGCUCUAAGCGUUGCCCCUGCCCCGGAGGGUAACCACGUACCCGUGAUCAUCGUUGUUCUCGUCGCUUUUGUUAUCCUCAUCCUUGUAUUUGCGCUUCUUCUUUUCCUGUGGAGGAAACGCCACCUAGCGUCUGAACGUGAGAAGGCGGAAAUGCCCAACUUCGGUCCAACUAUAGUACCGGAACCGGAUACAUCAACCCCUUCUACACCUGUCGAUGAUAUUGAGGCAGAACCGCUUAUAGAACACAGUACUGGUACGGCUACAGAUGCUGAGAGCGAGCCUCUUUAUGGUAAUGCAGGUAUCGGCAUCUUCCCGGCAGUCAAGGUAGAGGACCUGUGGGACUAUGUCAAACAGAACAAAGAAAACGAAGCGGAAGGCUUGCGUCGGGAGUACCGGCUGAUACCGGCCGGUCUUACGGCAAGUUGUGAUGUGGCGAAGAAGACUGACAAUAAAAACAAGAACAGAUAUGGAAAUAUCAUUGCCUACGAUCACACUAGAGUUGUUAUAAAACCCGUGGCUAACGAUAUGAACGAUGACUAUACUAACGCCAAUUAUAUAGAUGGUUAUAAGAAAUCGAAAGCCUAUAUUGCAGCACAAGGGCCGACGAAGCCCACUAUAGACCAUAUAUGGAGAAUGGCGUGGCAAGAGAAAUCCAAGACAAUUAUAAUGCUGACAAACCCAACAGAAACGGGCAAGAAAAAAUGUGAGCAGUAUUGGCCAGAUACAGGAAAAGAAAUAUACGCCGGUAUAUUAGUAGAACUGGUCGACGUAGACCACCUCCCUGAUUUCACAAUCCGUACAUUCCAACUCUCUAAGGGUAACCAGUUGAGCGAGCUGAAACAGUACCACUACACUACGUGGCCAGAUCAUGGUGUACCGCGCUUCGGUAACUCUUUGUUGUUACUGCGACAGAAAAUUCGGGCCUAUGACAACCUUGAUGCGGGACCACCGAUAGUACACUGCAGCGCCGGUGUUGGCCGUACCGGAACAUACAUCGCUGUGGACGUUAACCUUGACCAAGCUAAGAAUGAAGGCCUGAUAGACGUCCACAAUUUUGUCCAACAGAUGCGGACAAUGAGGGUCAAUAUGGUCCAGACACUGGAACAAUACAUGUUUGUUUAUGAUGUUCUGUUGGAAGCCUUAAUAUGUGGAGACACAACAAUUACUCUCGAUUCUUAUCCAGACACCUUAUCAGAACUUUUGCAAUAUGAACAGAGUAUAGGGAAAACGAAACUAGAUGAGCAGUACGAGGUACUUAAAUUAGUAACAAAUACUAUGGAGCGGGACGAGACGACGGUUGCACUUCGUCCAGAGAAUAUAUUCAAAAACCGAUGUAAAGUUAUUGUACCAGCCAACAGAUGUCGCCCGUACCUGAUGACUCGGGUGGAAGAUUACAACGAUUAUAUUAACGCAACCUUCCUCAAUGGUUACCGACGGAAGGACGCCUACUUAGCCACCCAGAUGCCCAUGCCCAACACCGUGGUGGAUUUUUGGAGGAUGAUAUACGACCAUAACUCAUAUUGUAUAGUCAUGCUGAACGAGGUGGAUCCCCAUGACGAGAUGAUGGAGCAGUAUUGGACGUUGGACACGUGUGGCGAGAAGUACGGACCAUUUAUUGUGGAGACCACUGCUGAAAUCAAAUCUGAUCCCAGUAUUACAGUACGGGACUUCACAGUCACCAAUACCCAGAACCCACAAGAGGUGCCACGGGUUGUCAGACAGUUUCACUUCCAUCGUUGGCCCGAGAUGAGUGUGAUUCCUAGCUCGAAAGCCGCCCUGCUCGAACUGCUGGACCAAGUGGAGAUAUGGCAGAAACAAAGUGGCAACAGGCCAGUCACCGUCCACUGUCUGGACGGUGCCACCCGCAGCGGGCUGUUUGUAGCUACAAGCUGCGUGUUAGAGAGGAUGAAAACCGAUCGGGAGGUUGACGUUUUCCAGGCUAUUAAACAACUGCGUUUGAACAGAACCCAGAUCAUUGACUGUCUGGAGCAGUAUAGGUUUUGUCACGAGAUAGCUCUAGAGUAUCAUGCUACAGUGAGUGCGCUGACGACGUUUUCUUGAUACGGUGGACAACUGGCUUUACUAUGAUAACUGACGUGUUGUCAGCUGGCUUUACUAUGAUGACUGACGUGCUGUCAGCUGUGUUGUCACUCUGUGACUAGUGACUUCACGUGUAGUUACAACAAAUGCUCCACAUGUUUAAUCAUGAGAGGAACGAGCCCUGUAUAAAAACGGAUUGCUGCCGGACGUGCAGGGAGUACUAGUAUACCAACUGGACAUACGUUUCACCCCAAAGACAUCCAGUUCUUAUGUGAAAACGUUAUACUGUAGUAGAUUUUUAUAUUGUGAUGGGAUUAUUUCCGCAAUUUGUUUCUCAAAAGGAGUCCAUUCAUGUAUGUGUCAUACUUUCAAUGGAACUAAAACAGAGGAAAGCUCAAUAAAUACGGUUAUAAAAACA